AUGGCUUCCAAUCCCCCUGCUAACUGCUGUGCUCAAGGCUUCAAGCACACUGGUGUCGCCUCCGGUAAAAUUGUCGACUACGAAGGUAUCAAGUACUACGUUACUGGUGAUGAAUCCUUGGCCUCUUCUAAGCUCCACCUCAUACUCACCGAUGUCAUCGGCUACUCUUUUAUCAACAUCCAGCUCAUUGCUGAUGAGUACGCCAAGACUGGCUACUUUGUGGUCAUUCCGGAUCUCUUCAGUGAUGACUCUGCCCCUCUGAACCCUCCUGCUACUUUCAACCUCUUUAACGACUGGUUCCCCAAGCACACUCCUGAAAUUACCCAACCCAUUGUUGAUAAGGUCGUUGAAUUGAUCAGAUCCAAGUGGAACCCUGAGUACCUUGUUGCCACUGGCUUCUGCUUUGGCGCCAAGUAUGCCGUCAGACUACUUGGAGCCGGUAAGGUUCAGACAGUUGCCAUCUUCCACCCAUCAUUUGUAUCAAUUGACGAGGUCAAGGCUAUCAAGGGUCCCCUUUACAUUGGUGCUUCCGAGGUCGAUACCAUUUUCCCUGCCAACCUCCGCCGUGAUACUGAGGACGUGCUUAAGGAGAUUGGUGCAAAGUACCGUCUUACUCUCAACCAUGGCGUUGCCCAUGGCUUCUCUGUUCGCGGUGAUGUCAGUGAUCCUUGGAUUAAGUAUGCUAAGGAACGUGUUUUUGCUGAUGCUGUUGAUUGGUUCCGCAUUUCUUACGAAAUUGAGUACAAGAAAUAA